AGUGCAUCAUGAGAUCCCAAUCGUUAGGGACACAUUAUCCAUUUAUAAAUGCUAAAUUAAAAAUUUAUAUUUUGUUAAUGCUUGAUAAACAUUGUACAUUUAAUUUUUUUAUUAAUUUGAAAGUGGCUAUCACAGGAGAAUACCUGCGACUCAGAGCGCGCUCAUCAAUCAGUGAAAGGUUUUUUUUGGUUUUUUUUUUUCUCAUCAUUACUUUGUACAUAAAAAUUAAUUAAUUAAUUUUUUUUCUUUUAUUUGUCAUUGAAUAAUACAAGUGUCUUUUGCUCAAAAAAAAAUAUUACAUGUGAAUUUUUUUGUGUGAAAAAAAUAACAUAAAUUUCGAAUGUGGUGUAAACGUCUAAUGUGGAUAUUUUUGUGGCUCUGGACGCGAUGUGACAUAUGGCUUUAAAAUAAAUAUUUAAAAAAAUAAAAAAUAUUGUAAAAUAACUUUUAAAAAAAAAGGAAAAAAAAAUUACAUAUUUAAGAGGAAAAAAAAAAUAUAGAAUAAAUUUUAAUUUAACGAUUUAGUGAGCGGGAAAUAAAUUCAAGCUAAAUAUAAAUAACGAGCUCAUCGCACCCUUCGUUUCUUCCUGAAAUCAAAUGGCUCCACCAUAUUGAAACAUUGCAAACUUACAAAAGUUAAAUUUAGAGGUGCUUUAGCUUUCUUUUUGUCUAUUUAAUAUACGUAUCUUAAUUUUUUUUUUAAACUCUGUAUACCACUAAAAUUCGUCACUGGCAAUAAAAAAAAAAAAAGCAUAUAAAAAUCAUAAAUUUAAAUUGCCACGAGUAUAAAUUAUUUAAAUAUAAAAAAAAAUAGGAAGUAACUUUUCAAUUGUUGAUAAAAUUUGACUACAUUAUACUGCUGAAGACAAUGACAAAGAUAUUUUUGUUGGAGAGAGAAAUAGAGGUCAACAAACUUGAUUAAAGCAAAAAGAAAAAAAUAAUAAAUUUAUAAAAAAAAUAUACAAAAAAAAAAUGGAUCAGUUGAGUUUACCACCAGCUGAAAGUGCAACUGUUCAGCAUCGAACAAUUAAUCUUGGUGACAGUAUGACGUUAUCUGGUCUACGUCGUGCUAUUUCUCAAGUUUCUAUGCUGGUGGUCAAGGCCACCAACUCAGGAGAAGCUGCAUGGCGUGAAGAGUGUCUCAAAUACCGACAGACGAGAUUCAGUUCAAGGAGGGUGAGAAAAAGAGUCGUUUUUAAACACGGUGAUUGUAACGUUGUUCAGGGAAACGUGGCCAAAAGACGUCGACGAUAUCUUCAGGAUAUAUUUACAACUCUGGUUGAUGCACAAUGGCGUUGGACACUACUAGUAUUUGCUAUGAAUUUUUUCUUAUCAUGGCUUGGAUUUGCCCUUGUUUGGUGGUUAAUUGUAUACUCACACGGUGAUUUAGAUAUAAAUAAUUCAAAUAAUUCAAACCAUACAAAUUGCGUUGAAGACAUUCAUGGAUUUACAAGUUGUUUUUUAUUUUCUGUUGAAACUCAGCAUACAAUUGGCUAUGGAUCAAAACACACAACAGAAGAAUGCCCCGAAGCAAUAUUUGUUAUGUGCUUGCAAUCAAUGACAGGUGUUAUACUUCAAGCUUUUAUGGUUGGCAUUGUAUUUGCAAAACUUUCACGACCAAAAAAACGUACUCAAACUCUUUUAUUUUCACGUAAUGCUGUUAUUUGUCAAAGAGAUGGUCAGCCAUGUUUAAUGUUUCGAGUUGGUGAUAUGAGAAAAAGUCAUAUUAUUGAAGCACAUGUUAGAGCUCAAAUGAUCAAACGAAAGGUCACAAGAGAAGGUGAGCUAUUGCCAUUUUUUCAAACAGAAUUAAAAGUUGGUGGUGAUGGUGAAGAAGAAAAAAUUAUUUUCAUUUGGCCAACGACAAUUGUACAUAAAAUUGAUCAUAGUUCACCUCUGUAUCAUUUAUCAGCGAGUGAUAUGCUCAAAGAAAGAUUUGAAGUAAUUGUAAUGUUGGAGGGUGUAAUUGAAUCAACGGGAAUGACUACUCAAGCAAGAAGCUCAUAUCUUCCAUCAGAAAUUCUUUGGGGUCAUAGAUUUGAGCAUAUAAUAACAUUUAGAAAAGAGACUGGUGAAUAUGAAGUUAAUUAUACGCUAUUUAAUAACACAUAUGAAGUUGAUACACCAUUGUGUUCGGCUGCUGAGUUGGAUCAUCUAAAAGGCAUUCAUCAUCCAAAAGAACGCAUGAGUUCUGCUACUUUCCCGACGUAUAGAGAAGAUUCAAGCAGUUCAUUGACAACAAGUUCCGGUUCUAGUUUGGCAUCAUCAUCUGGUGGUUUACACAUGCAUGUAACAACACCACCAACACCACCCACACCAAUACCCGUAAUGAUAACCGGACCCGACGACUCACCACGACGUGAUAGUGUCAAUGUACAACCUGAUCAAAGACUCGCGACAUUCUACACGCACGAUGAGGAGGCUGAUUAUCCAACAAGUACAGCAACAAUGUUCAAUGAAGAUGGUGGUGAAAUUGGAGGACAAGAUUAUUAUAAUAGAGUUCUUAAAGAUAUUAAUGCUAGUUUAAGAAGACACAGAAGAUCAAGUGGACAAAAAGAUGAACAACAAAAAAUUCAUAGAGAAGAUUCACGACAAAGUUUAUCAUCACAAAGAAAUGAUUCUAGAUCAAAUGUUGAGAGUUUAAUACGUUCAUCAACAAAACCAACUUUACAACACUCACCAUCAACUGGUGCUCUAAAAAAAUCCGCCUCCAGAGUGACCUUGGAUUCGAGACAUACAAGGUUUGCAGAUUCACCAGAUAGAAAUGAUCAUCGUAAACAAGAAGCUCAUCAUCAUCGUGUUAAUUAUUCUGUCAAUGAGGAAGACACUGACCUUGAUAUUAUAUUUCCACAAAAAAAAAAUCGAUUAAUCAAGAUAUCACCUGCAUCAUCAUCAUCACAAUUAUCACCGUGUCCGGAUAUUUCUGAUGUCAAGGCCAAUUAUUAUCCACAUCAUAGAAAUCCUGAAGAACAGGUUUAAAUAAUUUUAUUUAUCAACUAGAAAAUAGAACACAAAAAAAAAAAUUUAUUAUUGAAAAAAUUUAUUGUUAUAGUCUAUAUCCUUUUUUACAUUCAUUUUCAUUUCAACACAAUAAAUAUUUUUUAUAUUAAUUUUGAUUUUAAUCUUUGUAAAUACCUCGCUUGUAUUAUAUGAAAAUUAAUGCCUUGAUAUUUAUAAAUUUAGUCUAACAUAUAACUCAUAUUUUACUGUGUCAAGCUGAUUGAAUGAAAUAGAAUAAUAAUUCCUUGGAUUAUUAUAUGAUUAAUAUAAUACGACAUUUCCUUCUUUAUCUUAAUUUUUUUUUUUAUUUAUUUAUGGCAAUAUUGCCAACAACCAAAAAUAUCAUUUUCUUGAAAUAGAAUAUUCUAUGUUAUUUUAGAAUAAAAAUAAAUUAGAGAUAAUUUUGUUUUUAAUUUUAAUCUAGAAAAAGAAACGAAGGCAAAUUUAAAAUACAUCGUGUUUUUUUUUUUGUCAGUCUUUGGCAUCUUUUCGAUUCGAAAUUGCGCCCUCAACAUAAUUCGAAAAAUUAAAUUUCUAUUAUUUUACAAUUGAAUAAAUAAUUAAAUAUUAAAUUUCAAUAAUUUUUUACAACAAAAAUUCCAUCUAAUAAUGAAAUUUUCAUCUAUUUAUACUUGCAUAAUUUUACAACUUUUUUAAAAAUCAAUAUUAAUGUAAAGCAUCAUAAUUUCUACUCUAAAAAAUGAUCGAAAAAUUUUUAAAUACAAUACACUUUUAAAAUAAAUUAAACAAGAAACUUUUAAACUUAUAUAUUAUUGACAAAAAAAGCCUUGAAAAGGUCAAGCUGCCUUGAGUGAUUCUUGCAAAUGAAGUAUUAAAACUUUACCCUCGACACGAGGUCAAUAAAUGUGUAGUAUAUAUUUAUGGUACGUGCCCGCAGAACUAAGUACUGAACAGGUUAUGCCAUUGUGUCAUGUACAUAAUGGUAUAUACUAUAUGCAAUUUAUACAGCAACAGAUACCGAGGAAGUUACUGAUACAAUGAAGGGCAAAGGAGGAGCUGAGAUUAAGCAAUUUACUGGUGUGAUAAUGAGGCCACUUCCCGCCACUAAUAUCAUCCUGUUCGUCUCUAAUAUCAUCUACAUGUGAAUGAUAUGACACUUCAACUAUAUUAUAUAAAUUACAUGUACACAUCACACAGCAAAAUUUGAAUUUUUUUUUUAUACUAAACAAAAAUUAAAAACCUUGGAAGAAAAAAAUUAUAAUAUUAUAAAAACAA